GUCCCUUUCCGGUUUAAAAUGAACCAGAAAUGGGUCAGAAAGACUUAGAAGAGUGCCAAUUUUGACCUGGAAAACAGUCAGGCCCAACGGGACGCAGAUGAACUGAUAAACUGAUGAAAAAUAAAGACACACAACAGCCGUCUGAUGACUUUUCGAGAGAUAUUGGAAAACAGUGGCACAUCUUUCAUUGUCUAAUCAAUAAUUGCAAACGAGGCUUGAACUUGGUUCCUUCUCGAUCCCCUUCAUCACCAUUGCUCAUAGGAAAACAAAGGUACCCACGUCUUUCACACAGACUCAACGAGCUGGCGAGCAUUUUUACCCUUCCGGUGAUCGUAGGCCAGAAGUGUUUCACCCAUAUCUCCACCUAUGAUUUCGCUCGGGGUGUACGAAGCUUCCAUUUACGUGCAUCUUCACUCUACACGACGUGGAGAAUUAUUCACGUCACCCGGACAGUCUUGAAGUAGGCAGAGAGGAACGAGGAUUCAUUAGCAACAGCCCAUCGGUUGAGUGCGGCGUUGAUGCGAGUGUCAAUUCGUCAUACUUCUUAGCAGCACUGCUGAGAAAACAUCGCGUCGAGGGCGCGCAUACCCAUGCAUCUCGCUAAAAGACUCGGGUGACAUCUCCACCUCGUGAAUGGUACAUCCUGUCAGAGAGAACUCAGGACAAACUUCCAGUGGACAUGAAAGACGCAUCUCGUGGUUGAAAGCAGCUCUGUAAUUGCCGCUGACGGACACACAAGCUGAUUGCAACUUUAACGACUUGGACUGUUUGGACAGGCACCUUCCAAUCGCAUUUGUAAGUCAGGAUAUAUACACCACCGCCGGGCAAGCAAGGAUAGCGACACUUUACAGUCACCGCACGGGGAAGUGGGUUGUUCAGUGACUGGGCUGUAAGGCCUAGGUAUGGUUACAACCUACCACGUGACAUGACACGAUGAAACUGUGAGGAGCGGACGGUGGUGCUGUCUACGACGUGCCCAGCAUCGUUUUGGACGGCAGGAAGCUCCGAUGUUUCUUCGUUACACACAAGGAAAGUUUACUCAACUUCGAACAACAAUGACGUGGGAAAUGGCGGUUUUCAUCUUCUAUCUGAUUCUUGUGCGGACGCUGACGGCGCCGCAGGGUACGCAGGACAUGGGUCCCAUCGAGACCAUCUCGACCGGUCGCAUCUUAGGCAAGCGGAUGACAGUCCUCGACAAGACGGUGGACGCUUUCCUGGGGAUACCGUACGGUGAAUCUCCGGUUGGAGAGUUACGGUUCCGGAAGCCCCUACCGCGGACAAGUUGGGAUGGCAUUUAUAACGCCACCACGUACGGCUUUGGUUGCUUCCAGGCCCCUGACGAAGAGUUUAAAGAUUUCGAAGGUUCGGAGAUGUGGAAUCCUAAUGUAGGCUUGGACGAGGAUUGCUUGAAUCUGAACGUCUGGGUACCUCACCCUCGUCCUGUCAACUCCUCAGUCUUGGUUUGGAUUUUUGGUGGAAGUUUCCUUUCCGGGGUCGCGUCCCUGGACGUCUACGACGGUAAGACAUUGGCAGCAGAGGAGGGUUUGGUCGUUGUAUCAAUGAACUUUCGGCUGGCUGCCUUGGGCUUUCUUGCUAUGGAUGACCCUACCGCUCCAGGAAAUCAAGCCCUUUGGGACCAAGCCCUAGCCCUGAAAUGGGUGCAAAAGAACAUCCACAUCUUUGGAGGGGAUCCAGAUCAAGUGACGUUAUUCGGAGAGAGUUCCGGCGCAGCGAGUAUCGCUUUCCAUGUGAUCUCGCCAGAGAGUAUGAACCUGUUUCGACGGGUGGCCCUUCAGAGCGCCUCGGCCUUAACUCCCUGGGCGUACUACACCAUGGAAGAGGGACGCCGACGGGGACUUAUGUUGGCUGAGAAACUGAAAUGUGUGGAGGAUCAGAGCGGUCAAACACUGACCACGACUCAAAUGGUGGACUGCAUGCGGACCAGAGAUCCACUGGAGAUUAUCAGAUGGCAAUGGGUCACUCUCGACUUUGCUGAUUUCCCAUUUGUCCCGGUGGUGGACGGGGACUUCGUACGUGAGCGCCCCCAAUCGGCAAUGGAGCGAGGAGAAUUCAAGAACUGUGAGGUUCUCAUAGGCAGCAACACAAACGAGGGAAUAUUUUUCAUGGUAUACGAAGUACCUGGCUAUUCCAAGUUCUCGCAUAGCCCUCUGAAUCGAGACCAGUACACGAAAGCCAUAAAAUACUGUUUCCCAAAGGCAAACACAUUUGGAUUCAAUGCCAUAGAAUUUGAGUACUUUCCUUGGUUGAGUCCCACUGACCCUGUAGCUCUGCGAGACGCUGUCGAACUGGCCGCGGGCGAUUACCUCUUCGGGUGCCCGUCCUACGAGAUGGCCGUAGCCGCUGCCUCGGCCCACAACCCUGUGUACUUCUACCGGUUCACGGAUCGGGCUUCGAACAACCCUUGGCCGGAAUGGAUGGGCGUGUUACACGGGGAUGAGAUCAUGUACAUCUUCGGCAUUCCCCUCCAUCCAGAGUUUGGCUACAACAGCGCUGAAGCCGAGCUUAGCCGAAAAAUGAUGACAUACUGGGCCAACUUUGCAAGAACUGGAAACCCAAACAAAGCCAAUGAGGAUGAUCCAGAAGGAGACUGGCCACUCUACACUCUCGAGACCCAAGAGUUCUUCACUCUAAAUAAAAGUAUCAUCAACGGUGACGUCUUCAUUGGGCGAGGCCCACGAGCCAAGCAAUGCGCUUUCUGGAGGGAGUAUCUCCCAACGCUCGUCACACAAACAGGUGACAUCAGCGAAGCAGAGAGGAAAUGGAAACAACAAUUCAACGACUGGAGUACCAAGUACAUGGUGAACUGGAAAGCGGAAUUCGAUAAUUACAUCAAUGGCAAACAGUGCGAAGGCAAGGGAUAUUAAUUGAAGCUGAAGAAUUCAAAACCAAACAGUGUGCACAGGGGAUCGGCUGGCAAUACCAAAACAGAAUAUCAGAUUUCAGGCCAGAAAUUGUGAAUGUUGGUAAUAUUUCAUGGUCUGAAGUAUACGUACAUCACUUUUUACAAUUAACCCAAUUUGUCUUGAUACAUAAUUAAUACUCUUGCAAGUUAUGUCAUUCAGGUCACUGAGAAUAAAAAUGGCGGCUUCCGACUGCGCAUUCUCAGCUCAGCGACUAUUUUCGCUACGUCCAUUCGACAAUUUUUACAUAAAGGUACUUUUAAACGAGAUGUGCAGAGAAAACAAAAUCAUACGACACACUGUGGUUGAAAUACUAAUAGACCCUAUUAUGUGUUUACGUGGAUCUUGCACUAAUCGCGUUGUUUUCAAGAUUCCCCUAGCGAGUUUCCAUAGCAAUAUGAUGUCAGUGCCGAAAGGUUAUAGUGGCGUGCACAUUUGGCUCCAAAGGAUGCAGGUCGAUGUGAGAUCGAAUGGGCCAUUGUAGUCAAAGAAAGAGAGCUAGUUUUGUCCUCUGUCCGGUUGGUCUCCAUGACUGUUUAAGCAAGAAUAGUGGGGAUAUCAAGACGCAACAGCACCCUCUUCCGAUUCAACGAGCAUACACAUUUUUCUUAUUUACGUAGCCAAUGUUCAAAUAAAUGUGACACAAGAGCCAUGACAAUAGCUUUAAUUCGAUGUAUACACCAAUGAGAAAUACUUCAAAGUUUGCGAGCACCGUGUUUUUAAGUCUCAGGCUUGAAAAGAAAUCACGACCUGUUUAGAUUUUGGCUUUCCUUAUAAAACCAUUGUGAUGUUCGCGAAGUUAGACUUCAACUCAGCAUGUUCAACGAGGUGUGUGUGCAGUGCCACUGCCGAUUAGUUUGGAUAAAGAUGCCAUAUGGGUUUGUUUUAAGUGGAAUUACACUACACGACAUCUCCAUUUUUUCUACCACAAUUUUGGUGCCAUUUUAAGCCAUUCGUUAGAAAAUUUCAGAAAAAUUCAGAUUUUGUACAAACUUGAACAAAUGCUUUACGAAUGUUCUACGAAACAGUUUCAGACAUUUGAAUGUUAUAAUUUGUAACAUGCACUUUAUUGAUUGUUUACACUUUAUAAGCAUAACAUAGCGUAUCCUGUUUAUUAUGCUGCUAUGGAUGCACUGAGGAAAGCAGUAGUCUUUCUCGUGUCGCCAAAGCACUUUACAAGUUGUAAAAUAAGCAACAUCAGAAUCUAUAAUUGUACAGUAGAGUAGUUUCACCGUAAAUAAUUUUACAUACAUUUUGUAAAUUUUGUACACAAAGGUAGUAUUGUAUAUGAUGACUACAGUAAAAAGCGUUCAUUUUACACUUCUUGUGAUAAAAUUAUUUACAGCACAGCUACCCCAUUUUUAUGUGUUAGAUUGAAGCAAUAAUGAGUGUUUGAGUGUCAUUUUUAUCUUGUAAAUAUCGAUGACUGAGUGCUCGAGAUUGGAAUGUUCGAAAGAUUUAUUUCUCGUAGGGAUGGGCGUGGCAGGGAAGGGGAGGAGGGCGGUGGUACUUUCUGUAACGCGUUAGUUUAUUUGAGAAGCCGUGUUAUUAUCCAAGUUGAUAACGGCUUGAUGACAUUAAAGCGUUUCAAUAGUUACUUUAUAUUGCAGAUAAAUUCAAGGAAAAUAAUACUGGUUUGACUGUAUUUCUCACAGGACAUAUAAAGACAAAUCACUUCAUGAUGUAAAUCACAAUUAGUUUCAUAUUGCAGCAUUUAACCGUCAAUAGUAAAAUGGCCAUAAGCCUAUUUUGGAACACGGCAGAACCUCGAAAAGUAGGAUAAGUAGAUUCAAGAUUUGUUGUGAUGCGGACGCUUUGGUGAAAAAAUUAAACCAUGAAGUAGUUCUGCUCUGUACUUAAUCUUUUUCCGAUAAUUCUCAAGGUUACAACCAAUAACUGCACUGUAUCGUAACUGGACCUGGAUAAUCUCACACUGUACAGUAGGUACAUUAGGUCACAAUAUGACAGAUAUAUAACUACUCAUGUAAAGUGCGUUGUUAUUCAAGUUAUAAGUAUGUUGUAAAUUUAUGCAUUCUUUAGCGAUGUUGAUAUAUUAUACUCGAUCGUGAAUAUGUUGUAGUAACAUUUUAUUGACAUGGUUGAUACCUGAUUACGCAAAUGAUGGAGCAAUAAGUUUAAGCUGACUGGUCUGCCCCUUGCUGGUUCUGCCAGAGGUCUAGUCCCUGUUGUGAUGGUGUAAUAGCUUCUAGCCUUGAUGAACGAAGAUGGUAGGCUUAGAUCGGUAGCAAAAUAGUGACUGUCACAUGGAAUUCAAAUUUUCGAACAAAAAGAGGGCGCCAUGUUUAGCAACCUGCCCACUUACCUGUAGUACGCCUAAUGCGUAUUUAUUAAACACAAUUACUAUUAUUGUGCCAAUCUUUCUUGUAUCACGUGAUAUAAUCACUCAUAAUCAGCAGUUUGAGCCUGUUCUGGUGGUUCCUGAGGAUGUUGCAGAAAUAAAUUACACUUCAAACGUUCAAA